AUGCGCGGACUGAUUCUCCUCGCGACUGUCGGCCUAGCGACUGCCGAAGACGGCCUCGCCGCGUGGCUGCGGUACGCCCCAAUCCCACAUGCCAAAUGCUACCACGGCAAACUGCCGUCGGUCAUCGUCACGCUCAAUGCCACCGAAGGCCUUCCUAUCCACACCGCCGGCAAGGAGCUCGCAGAUGGCAUCAACGGCAUUUUCAGCAAAGAGUUGACUUUCGGCGAUGCUUCUGAGGAGGAAGCCACCAUCACUGUCGGCACCUUGGAGGCAUAUCUCGAAGAUGGUGGUGCCAUUGAUGAACUUCCCGAGCUCAUCGAAGAUGGAUACCACCUCAACAUCUCCGGCGCCAAUGUUUUGAUCCUCGGACAGAACGAACGAGGUGCACUUUACGGAGCCUUCAAAUACCUCGCACGCCUCGCACAGGGCGAGAUCAAGGAUGAAGUCUUGACCUCGAACCCCGACGCUCCGAUUCGAUGGGUCAACCAGUGGGACAAUAUGCGCGAUGGAGGAACUCACGGUAGUGUUGAGCGAGGCUACGGCGGUGAUUCCAUCUUCUUCUGGGAUGGAAAGGUCCGCGAAGACCUGACACGUGUCGGCGAGUAUGCUCGUCUGCUGGCCUCCAUCGGCCUGAACGCCGUCGUUGUCAACAACGUCAAUGCUAACGAGACGACCUUGACACCCGAGAACAUGGAUGGCGUUGCCCGCAUCGCCGAUGCCUUUCGCCCGUACGGGAUCAAGCUCGGUCUCUCCCUUAAUUUUGCCUCGCCUCAGCUGCUGGGAGGCCUCGAUACUUUCGACCCUCUCGAUCAGAAAGUCAUCGACUGGUGGCAGGGUAUCACAGACGCUCUGUACGAGCGGAUUCCUGACAUGGCCGGAUACCUCGUCAAGGCCAACUCGGAAGGCCAACCCGGACCGAUUACAUACAACAGGACGUUGGCCGACGGCGCCAACAUGUUUGCCCACACCCUUGACCCAUACGGCGGCAUUAUUCUGUUCCGAGCCUUUGUCUACGAUCACCAGAGCUUGAACCAGGACGCCAACUGGAAGGCUGACCGUGCCAACGCGGCUGUCGAGUUCUUUGACGGUCUUGACACCGAGUUCGCCGAUAACGUUGUCAUCCAGAUCAAAUAUGGCCCCAUCGAUUUCCAGGUCCGUGAACCUGUGUCGCCUCUCUUCUCUCAACUGCAUGAGACGGGCAGUGCGGUCGAGCUCCAGAUCACGCAAGAAUACCUUGGCCAGCAGGCUCAUCUUGUCUACCUUGCCCCCAUGUGGAAAGAGCUUCUCGACUUUGACCUGCGCGUUGAAGGCCAAGACUCCACGCUGAAGAGCAUUGUCAGCGGAAAGCGGUUCGGCAACAAACUUGGAGGCUACGCCGGUGUUGUCAACGUUGGCCACAACACUACUUGGCUCGGAAGCCAUUUGGCCAUGUCCAACCUGUAUGCUUACGGCAGACUGGCAUGGGACCCUUCUGCGGAGUCGGUCGAGGUUCUGGAGGAGUGGACCAAGAUGACGUUCAACCACGACCCUCUCGUAAUCGACACCAUCACGAAGAUGUCGAUGGAGUCAUGGCCGGCGUAUGAGAACUACUCGGGCAACCUGGGUGUCCAGACGUUGACCGACAUUCUCCACGGCCACUACGGUCCCAACCCCGCCUCGCAAGACAACAACCCCUGGGGUCAGUGGACGCGCGCCGACGCCAACAGCAUCGGCAUGGACCGCACCGUGUGGAACGGCACCGGGAACGCCGGGCAAUAUCCCCAAGAAAUUUACGAGAUGUACGAAAACAUCGAAACCACCCCCGACAACCUUCUGCUCUGGUUCCAUCACGUCCCCUACACCCAGCUCCUCAAGAGCGGCAAGACUGUCAUCCAGCACUUUUACGACGCCCAUUACGAGGGCAGCGCCGUGGCGCAGACGUUUGUGCCCCUCUGGGAGAGCCUCAAGGACAAGAUUGACGAGGAGCGCUACGAACACGUGCUCUUCCGCCUCAUCUACCAGGCUGGCCACUCGCUAGUGUGGCGUGACUCUGUCAACAACUUCUACUUCAACAAGUCGAGCAUUCCCGACGAGGCUGGCCGCGUGGGCAACCACCCCUACCGCAUUGAGGCUGAGGACAUGGAGCUCGACGGCUACAAGCCGUACCGGGUUCACCCAUUCGAGGCUGCGAGCGGCUCUCACUGCAUUGUGACGGCGGACAACUCUACCGAGGGUACCGCGUCGACGAAGCUCGAGUUUGAGACAGGAACAUACAACGUCGCAGUCAACUACUACGACCAGGCUCUCGGCAACGCCACGUGGACGCUCUACCUCGAUGACGACCUCGUCGGCGAGUGGAAGGGCGACCAUGAAUACAUUCUGGGCAAGGCGCCGUCGCAGUACAUCGAUGGACAGACGGCGACGCGUAUCACGUUCAAGGGCGUGCACGUGGAGAAUGGAAGCACGCUCCGCAUCGUAGGAAAGCCCGACGGGCAGGAGCCGGCGCCGGUGGAUUACAUCUCCAUCCUGCCAGAGGGUACCAUAGAUUAG